AUGGCUCACUCUUCCUCUUCUCCUUCAAAGAUAACACAAAUCCUCAAGUUUCGAGCAACAUUCCAAACUGAAGAGACAUUUGAACUCGUCGCGAAUAAUAGCAGAAACCAUCAACAAAAUAUUACUCAAGCGCGUGUAAGUGACGUAGAAGUUGCAGCGCGUUUUAGUGGAUUAGGCGUUAAUGAACUUGUAAUAGUUACAAGCCCUAAUCGCUUCCGCCAACCCUCACAUUCACUCUGCGCUCUCUACUCUCAAAACCGACUCACCUGCGUGAACCCCUUCCUCCCACCAUCUCCCUGCACCGACGAACCCCUUCCUCUUCCCACCUCCCAGCGCCGCCGAACCCUUCCAGCUUUCGCACAGCGCCGCCGAACCCUUCGUCCCAGCACCUCCUCGCGGAUAGCACCAGCCAACACCAUCGUCGCGGAGCCAGCACCACCCCCGCCACCCACAGCAUCAUUUCUGGCCUCGCGGAGACAGCACCACCCAGCCACCCACAGCAUCGUUUCUGGCCUCGCGGAGACGCGGACAGCACCCGCCACCCAGCCACCGAGUCAAGUCAGAUAUAGAGCCUCCAAUUCAGUGGUUUAUGUAGGGGUUCUUUGUUUUAGACUUGUGAAGGCUAAAAGAAUUCAGGACAUGGAAAGACAAGCCAAUGAAGAUUUGGUUCUUGAAAGUAAAGGGUUGGCAACAGUAAAAUGCCUUCUGCAGCUGUCACAAGAACUCAACCAGUUCUUGAGAGUGGUGUUUAGUAGUUUUUGUUUUUGUUAGUAUUGGUUCAAUUACUUUACUAAUUUUCUCUUUGAUAAACAGGGAUCUUCUAUUAUUAUAAGCAAUGAAGAAAACAUUUGUAUCUUCAUCAUAACAUGAAAUUUUGGUUUUCUUUUUAUACUAAGAUCACACUACCUUGUUAUUACUCCCUUCAAUGUUUGGCACUAUACUUAUUUUUCGCCAUGAUAAACAUGUAUUCGAUCGUCAAGGAAUCAUCAAGAACGGACGUGAUAUAUUUGU